GGUCUGACUGGUUUGGGCUGCCCCGCCUGGCUCCUUGUCGGGAGGAGCCGCCGCCAGUUGGUCCUGCGGUCCCUCCCUCGGGACGCCCACGCGGCCAGACCCCUGAGCUGAAGGGGCACAGGAGCUGGCAGGCCGACGCAGGGAUGGGGGGCGAGCAGCAGCAUUACUACGGGAAGCACGGAACCCCACAGAAGUAUGACCCUACCUUCAAAGGACCCAUUUACAACAGGGGCUGCACGGACAUCAUUUGCUGUGUGUUCCUCCUCCUGGCCAUCGUGGGCUAUGUGGCUGUAGGGAUCAUAGCUUGGACCCAUGGAGAUCCUCGAAAGGUGAUCUACCCCACUGACAGCCGAGGCGAGUUCUGUGGGCAGAAGGGCACGAAAAAUGCGAACAAACCCUUCCUGUUUUAUUUCAACAUUGUGAAGUGUGCCAGUCCCCUGGUCCUGCUGGAAUUCCAGUGUCCCACCCCCCAGAUCUGUGUGAAGAAGUGCCCAGACCGAUACCUUACCUUCUUGAAUGCUCGAGUUUCCCAGGACUGGGAGUACUACAGGCAGUUCUGCAUACCUGGCUUCCAGGACAACAAGGGUCUAGCUGAGGUGCUUCGGGAUGGCGACUGCCCCGCUGUCCUCACUCCUAGCACACCCCUGGCCCAACGAUGCUUGCCAGCCAUCCACGCCCACAAGGGGGUCCUCAUGGUGGGCAAUGAGACAACCUAUGAGGAUGGGCAUGGUGGUCGGAAAAACAUCACUGAGCUGGUUGAGGGCGCCAAGAACGCCAAUGGGGUCCUCGAGGCUCGGCAGCUAGCCAUGCAGAUAUUUGAAGAUUACACAGUCUCCUGGUACUGGAUUAUCAUAGGCCUGGUCAUUGCCAUGGUGAUGAGCCUCCUGUUCAUCGUGCUGCUCCGCUUCCUGGCUGGCAUUAUGGUCUGGGUGAUGAUCGUCUUGGUGAUUCUGGUGCUGGGCUAUGGCAUAUUUCACUGCUACAUGGAGUAUACCCGACUGCGUGGUGAAGCUGGCUCUGACAUCUCCUUGAUGGACCUCGGCUUUCAGACAGACUUCCGUGUGUACCUGCAUUUGCGGCAGACCUGGAUGGCCUUCAUGAUAAUUCUGAGCAUCCUUGAGGUUGUUAUCAUCUUGCUGCUCAUCUUUCUACGGAAGAGAAUUCUCAUUGCCAUCGCACUCAUCAAAGAAGCCAGCAAGGCUGUGGGAUAUGUGAUGUGCUCCAUGCUGUACCCACUGGUUACCUUCUUCCUGCUGUGCCUUUGCAUCGCCUACUGGGCCACCACUGCUGUCUUCCUGUCCACUUCCAAUGAAGCCAUUUAUAAGGUCUUCGAUGAUGUCACCACCUGCCCAGUUAUUGGGAAAACCUGCAACCCUGAGACCUUCCCCUCCUCCAAUGAAUCCCGCCUAUGUCCUGGAGCCCACUGCCAGUUCGCCUUCUAUGGUGGUGAGUCAGGUUACCACCGGGCCCUCCUGGGGCUGCAGAUCUUCAAUGUCUUCAUGUUCUUCUGGCUGGCCAACUUUGUGCUGGCGCUAGGCCAGGUCACGCUAGCUGGAGCCUUUGCUUCCUACUACUGGGCCCUACACAAGCCAGAUGAUCUGCCUGCCUUCCCACUCUUCUCUUCCUUCAGCCGGGCGCUCAGGUACCACACAGGCUCCUUGGCUUUUGGUGCCCUCAUCCUGGCUGUUGUACAGACCAUCCGAGUGAUACUGGAGUAUUUGGAUCAGCGCCUGAAAGCUGCGGACAAUAAGUUUGCCAAGUUCCUCAUGACCUGUCUCAAAUGCUGCUUCUGGUGCCUGGAGAAGUUCAUCAAAUUCCUCAACAGGAAUGCUUACAUCAUGAUUGCCAUCUAUGGUACCAACUUCUGUACCUCAGCCAAGAACGCUUUCUUCCUGCUGAUGAGAAACAUCAUCAGAGUGGCUGUCCUGGACAAAGUUACUGACUUCCUCUUCCUGUUGGGCAAACUUCUGGUUGUGGGUAGUGUGGGGAUCCUGGCUUUCUUCUUCUUCACCCACCGUAUUAGGAUCAUACAAGACACAGCACCUUCUCUCAAUUAUUACUGGGUCCCUAUAAUGACCGUGAUCGUUGGUUCCUACCUGAUUGCCCAUGGCUUCUUCAGUGUCUACGGCAUGUGUGUGGACACACUGUUCCUCUGCUUCUUGGAGGACCUGGAGAGGAAUGAUGGCUCGGCCGAGAGGCCUUACUUCAUGUCUUCCAAUCUCAAGAAGCUUUUGAACAAGACCAACAAGAAGCUGGCGGAGUCUUAAAGGCCCCACCUUCCCUCACCUCCCUGUAAAGUCUCACACUGGGUGCUCUGCAGCUGGGUCCAAACUGCCAGCUCAUUGGGCUGACCUGAAGUCCAGUCACUGCCACCCCCCAUCAUCCAGUUACCACCAGUUUCUGGGGACCUGGAGAAUUUGUGACAUCUUCCUACACCAAGGGUCAGUCAGACUUUUCAUGGUGGCCUCCACAAGACUGAGCGAUGACGCGUCAGUCCAGCCCUCAAUGGCCUGGAUGGGAAGAAGCCCCAUGAGGGCUCUUGAUGUGUCUGGCAUGCGAUGGGAUCCAACCUCCAUGGGCUGCCUCAACCUUCCUGUUCCCUCUUAUGGUGGGAUGGUGUUUGUGUCUGUGGGAGCCAUGGCCACAGUAAGCUGCAGCUCCUCAAGGCCCUGGUUCACGGAAUCUGCUCAGCCAGAAUUGAGCCUCUUCUCAUAGCUGAACAACUGGCUCACAGGCCGCCACAUACAUUUCUUUAUUAUUUUUUUAACCUGGCUAUGCAUUAAAGGGUCUAUUAGCCUUUUUUUUUUUUUUCUGUCUGUCUCAGCAGCUAAGAUGGGGCCACUGAGGAGUGCCUUCUGUUACCUGGUAUGGCUGCAGUGGGGUAUGGUAUGAAUGCCCAGGUGGGGGAGUCUUGUGGUCGGUGGGGGGCAGCAGCAUGCCCUGUUGUUGGGAGAUGAGGGAGUGAUAGUGUUUGGUAGGCUGCUUUGAGCAGGCGGGAGGAGACUGCUAACAGCAACCUAAUGGAAACCUGCUGGCUGGCUGGAGGAGCUGGGCUGAAUUUUCUCCCCAUCCUCUGCCAGUUACUGACACAGCUCUCUUUGUAAGAGAGAAAAGAAACUGAAUCCACCCAAGGGACAAUUUCAGGGGAAGGGAUGCAGGGCAGAUGCCACAUGCACACUGGGCCCCCCUGCCCAGUCACCUCAUCUUGAGGAUCCUUUUGCCAAAUUUGUUGAACUUGGGACCUGGUUUCCUGGUUCCCCCUUCGCCCUACCUUAAGGCCCCCAACUUCAUGUCUUGGUUCAUCUGCACCGUUCCAAGAUCCUGGAGAGGGAGAAAUUCCUGCCUGGGUCUCCAUGUGCUGUGCCUGUUGCCAGCCCUCCCUCCCCUGUCUGUCCACACACCCUCGCGUGUAACUGCAUUCCAACCACUAAUAAAAGUGCCUAUUGUAA